CCCGCUCGGCACCAUGGCGUCCAGCUAUGCCCACGCCAUGGACAGGCAGGCCCUGCUGCCCGCCCGCCUCGACGGCCCCGCCGGCCUGGACAAUUUACAAGCCAAGAAGAACUUCUCCGUGAGUCACCUGCUGGACCUGGAGGAGGCGGGCGACAUGGUGGCCGCCCAGGCGGAGGAGGGCGGCGGCGAGCCCGGCCGGAGCUUGUUGGAGUCCCCCGGGCUGACCAGCGGCAGCGACACCCCGCAGCAGGACAAUGAUCAGCUGAACUCAGAAGAGAAGAAGAAAAGAAAGCAGAGGAGGAACAGGACUACCUUCAACAGCAGCCAGCUGCAGGCACUAGAGAGGGUCUUUGAGAGGACUCACUACCCCGAUGCCUUCGUACGGGAGGACCUUGCACGCAGAGUCAACCUCACUGAGGCCAGAGUUCAGGUGUGGUUCCAGAACAGGAGAGCCAAGUUCCGCCGGAACGAGCGCGCCAUGCUGGCCAGCAAGAACGCCUCGCUGCUCAAAUCCUACUCCGGGGACGUGGCGGCCGUGGAGCAGCCCAUCGUACCCCGGCCCGCCCCCAGGGCCACCGACUACCUGUCCUGGGGCACCGCCUCGCCCUACAGUGCCAUGGCCACCUACUCUGCCACGUGUACCAACGCCAGCCCAGCACAGGGCAUGAACAUGGCCAACAGUAUUGCCAACCUGAGACUGAAGGCAAAGGAAUAUAGUUUACAGAGGAAUCAGGUGCCCACAGUCAAUUAACAGCUGGGGGCAGCUGCCUUGCAGAAGGAGAAGACACCAGCAGCACCCGUCCUGCUUUGCAACUUGUCUGUGCUGAAAGAAAAAAUAAAAGGAAAAGAGAACAACAACAACAAGAAGAAAACACCAUCAAGAUAAAAGAGAAAAAAAAGAAAAAAAUAAAAAGAAGGAAAAAAAAGCCAACCCUCACCCAGAACUGAACACGGGGAGCAAACAGAACCUGUGAGUGAUCAGGUUCCUCCUUCCUUUUGGGAUAAUGCCACCGUUUUUUAUUUUCUUGUUAUCGUCGGGUUUAUUGCUUCUGCUCAAUAUACUGCGAGCUUCUUCAGUAAAGGACAGUCUCACCCUUGCUGGUUUCCAUUUUUGUGAGGGACUGCACAAAGAAACCUCUGCCAGUCUCAGCCCACGGAGCAGUCCCAGCCCCAGCAGGCUGAGAUCCAAAGCUUGCUCAUCUCCCCGCUGCCCCAGCUCACCCUAGAAGAAGAAGAAUUUGUUUGGUCACCGAUUCCCACCCCACCCUGAUCCCUCCAGUCCCUUGUGCCACAGAGGCAGCACGUUCCUCUCAGCCUGCCAGAAGCCCAUUUAGUGCAGCAAGAUGGAUUCCUGCUGGCUGAGUUGCCUGGAAAACCUCCCUGGGCUCUGCAGGGCUCCAUUGUUUGGUUGAGUAUUCCCUGCACUGCUGCCUCAAAAAGCCAAAGAAGAGAGCAAAGCCAACACGGGGGGUGUGUGAGCAGGGGGAUCUCUCUGUAGUGCCAAGAUCAGGACUGUCAGGACACUCCUUCCUAUGCCUUACAGUUUGUGCCACAGGGAAAGGCAUUGUCCAGAUGCAUUUGUUUUAUAUAUACUGUAUAUAUUUAUAUAUAUAAGAUAAUACAUGCAAGCUUGGUUGGUGUUUUUUAUUAAACGAAAUAAAACCCGUUGAAAACGUUCAGGAUGUUUGUGCUGCGUCCAGGUGGAGCUGUGCAUUGAAAUUCCAGCCACAGCCUCUCUCAGCCUUGGCAGAGCUCUUGCCUGGGCAGCUCUGGGAGAGGCAGCUCGUGAGAGUUUCCAUGAGGAGCCCCAAGGGAGUGGUGCUGGAGGGAAGCCACACUCCCUUUUUGCAGGUUUUCCCCGUGGGCAGCUGCACAGAGCACAGCAAGGCUCUCCCCUGCUGGUUCAUGCGGCUUUGGGGAUACCCCAGGGAAAUCCCUCUGGGCACAAGGGAUGUCUCAGUAGGGAGCAUCCCACCAAAGAUCCCUAAACAUGCUCAGUAAGGCUUGUCCCAUCACCUUAACCAUUCCCCCUACCUGCUCUCCUCCCUCUGGGCUCUGGAGGCCUAAUUAGCGCCUAAUUAAUUUAUCUCCACGAAGAGCAGAGGAGAUGCAGCCCAAAAGGGUUUUCUUCCAUGUGAUGGUGUUCACAGGGGUUCUUGGAUUGGGGAAGAGAUGAGGAUCUGACUCCAUGUUUCAGAAGGCUUGAUUUAUUAUUUUAUGAUAUAUAUUACAUUAAAACUAUACUAUAAAAAGAAUAGAAGAAAAGGUUUCUCAUCAGAAGUCUAGCUAAGAAUAGAAAAGAAAGAAUGAUAAAGGUUUGUGGCUCAGACAGAGAGUCCGAGCCAGCUGACUGUGAUUGGCCAUUAAUUACAAACAACCACAUGAGACCAAUCACAGAUGCACCUGUUGCAUUCCACAGCAGCAGAUAAUCAUUGUUUACAUUUUGUUCCUGAGGCCUGUCAGCUUCUCAGGAGGAAAAAUCCUAAGGAAAGGGUUUUUCAUGAAAAGAUGUCUGCGACACUUCCACACAAACAUCCUGAGGAAAUCAGGAUCUUCCUCAUUGCUGGUGAUGCUGUCUCUCAUGUCUGGGGGAGGAAGAGGGGUUGAUUUGUGACAAACAGCACUUGUGCCCAAGCUGAGAUGGGCAAGGCCAUGGCACAGCCCCACUGAAGGCAGCAGAGCUGCUCCAUGGCCCAGGCUGGACCAUCAGGGAAGGAGGAUGGAGCUCAGCCAUGAGAAAUACCAGAGAGGCUUGGCUCUCCAGCCUGGUGGUUGCUGCAGACACCCUGGGCAUGUGGGCAUGUCUGACAGUGGGCUCUGAUAGUCUACAACAGCAUGCUGCAGGAAAUGAGGAAUUAAUCUCUUUAAGGUGUAGGUGAAAAUUGAACUGGCAGAGGAUGAAUGGAAAUCCAGCCAAAAUAUUUGAGCUAGCAUGAGGGGAAAAGCCCCAAAUCCAAACUGGAGUGAGUUUUGCCUGUGAUUGUGUGCAUUGCUGCUGGAUUUAUUUUUUUUUAACUCCCUGUGUGGGUAUUUUUGAGGUAAAAAAAACCCUAAUUUUGAUCAGGACAAAAAGCUGAAAGUCACAGGCAGAACCAGGAAAAGGGAGGCAGGGUGAGUACUGUGCUUUAAGAAAUCCAUCACGUUCUGUUUGAUCCCUUUUCUUGGAGAACCUCACAUGUGUGUAAACCAGAAUAUUUCUGUCCUGCACAGUGCAGGUCCAGCUCCUAGAGCCAAGUGAUGGUGUUGGAAAUCUCAGCCUGCCCUGAGAAACUCGCUCCUGCUCCCUGUGCCCGCGCAAGCACACAGCAGAAUUGGUCAGAAAGGACCCAGUGCCUUUGAGUAUCACUGCCCAGAGGCUGAACUGAGUACCUUGGGCUGGUGCUCUCCCCUCCCUUGCCCUGCUGCCUCCUCCAGAGCCCACCCCAGCAGUGCCAGCAGCCUGGCUGGAUCCCCCUGGGCUGCCCUCCCUGCAGUUUCAGCUCUUUCCUUCUCACCUUUCAGCAUCCCUCUGGCUUUCCCCCAGGCUUUGCUCAGCUUUCCUGCAGUAGAAAAAACCCCCCUGAGCAGCUUUUGUCGUUGUCUGCGUAGGGACAGCACUUUCUGAGGGUAUCAGGGGAGCAUCCCUGUGCCCACCCUUUUUCAGCCUCCUUGCUUUGUCUGCAUUGUCCUGCGUGGGGCUGCACCUCCAGUCUGAGCUUCAUCUUGCCUUGGGUUGGGCUGCUUGGCCAGGGGUGGUGCCCACCACAGCUGGCUGGGCUGUUGUCAGUUCAGAUAAGACCUUUACAUCCCCAAUCUUGCUCUGUUUACAUGGAUUUACUGCCCAGGGUCCAGCUGGAUGGACAGACAGCUUCUGGUGUUGGUUUGUUGACAGCCAAAAGACAGCGACUCCUCGUCCAUCGAGCCAAAGUGAAAUUUGAGAAUUGCCUGUGUCUAAUCUGUAUUUUAUUAAACCAUGUAAAUACAUGUGCAAAUCAAGGGCCUUAUCCUCAAAGAGCGGAGUUCUCCAGGGUUUCAGCAGGAUUCAGGAUUUCCAGUUGCAGCUCUGGGAAGUUGCCAUGGUUACCAUGGUUCUCAUUAGGGUUGGGUACCAUUCAGGGCAGAAAAUGUGUCUGAAGGCGUUUUCCUCUUGCUUGUUUUCUCAGGCGCCCCCUCUCCCAGCAGACAAAUAGGUGACUGGUUCCCUCCAAGUGGGAAUUUUGUGCAUGGCAGGGAUGGUUGAUUGGUGAAUCCAUGGGAUUUCCAGAUGGGAGCAUACCCUGUAAAUUGUCUCCUGCUUUGUGAUGUAAAAUGUACAGUGUUUGCCCUAGAGUAGAAAUUAUAAUUUUCAAUAAAAAAGGGGGAAGAGAGUCCUCCAGCCUUUCUGUGAGCUGCCA